AUGCCCUCCCCAGGGAUAAUGACGCACCAGUCUUCAUUAACGGUUCCGCGGCAUUGGUGCUAUACUGCGCUGAGUAACAGUUACCUCGAAGACGACAAGCAAAGAAUAGCAACGACAUCAGGAGUGAUCCCUUCGACACUUCUUGAGGAUAUCAAACAGGCAUGGUAUCAAACGAUACUUCAAGCGGAAGGCUAUGCGCAAAAAAAAAAAACGAAUGAGAGAGUCGCGGGAUUCUAUUGGUGCUAUGAAGCGAGAAUUCUUUUACCACUGGCUUUCCGUCGGGACAAUGACCGAGCGCCCCCCGCCCCCCGCCCCCCCAUUCGAGGAGAUGAGCUCGUGGGGAGACGGUCAGGACUACUGGCGCAAGUGCUGCACAAAGUAGAUGCCCGCCUUAGUGAAGGCGCAUGGUACCCUCCCAACGUCAUUUUCCCUGCCCGGACGAAGGCAGUACAGCUGUUUGGGGGCGAGUGGUUUCGUGGAUAUUUGGAAAGGCCAGAUGGGCGAGAUGCUCAUUUGCACAUGAAACCUGAGAAUUUCUGCCCCGAAGCCUUGGUAUGGAGGAACGUGAAGCAUCCUGAUGUCCUACCAUUAUUCCUCGGCCUGCGAAUCCGGUUUGAUCGAUCAAGGAAGUGGCGAGUGGGAUGGCAUACCUUCACUCAUUGGACCCUGCCGAUAUCCCAUGGCGACUCGUUGUGGGAAACGCCGGCUCCCGGGAGCUCGGAGCUCUGCACUAGCGCUGAGCGGGAUCCGUUCGGCGGCUCGCUCCCGCUCCCGCUCUCGAAGCACUCGACAUCCGACUAUUCGACCCCCAACCCAAGUACACUACCGCGAGAGACAUCUAUGCGUUUGGGUGUGCGGUUAUCGAGGUGA